UGAGGAGCCGGCGAGCAGUCAAAACUGACAAUUGACAGGUGUGAAAAUGUCAAGCAGAUGUGCGCUGAAGGCCGUCCUGGUGGACCUGAGUGGAACUCUGCACGUGGAGGACGCGGCGGUCCCCGGGGCGCAGGACGCCCUCCACAGGUUACGGCAGGCGUCGGUCGACGUGAAGUUUGUGACCAACACCACCAAAGAGAGCAAGAGGAACCUGCUGGAAAGACUGCGAGGACUCAACUUUGACCUCCAGGAAAAGGAGAUCUUCACGUCUCUGAGUGCCGCCAGGAGUCUCCUGGAGAAGACCAGGCUCAGACCCUUGCUGCUGGUGGAGGACGGCGCCCUGGAGGACUUUGCAGGUAUCGACACAUCGGAACCAAACGCUGUUGUGGUAGGACUGGCUCCUGAACACUUCAACUACCAGACUAUGAACAAGGCCUUCAGACUGCUUCUGGGUGGCGCUCCUCUCAUCGCCAUCCAUAAGGCUCGUUACUACAAAAGGAAGGAUGGUUUGGCCCUGGGCCCUGGACCCUUCGUCACCGGACUGGAGUACGCCACGGACUGUCAAGCCACCGUCGUGGGCAAGCCUGAGAAGACUUUCUUCACACAGGCUCUUGCUGAUUUGGGAUGUAGCCCCGAUGAAGUCGUCAUGAUAGGAGAUGAUGCCAGGGAUGAUGUGGGCGGAGCUCAGAGCGCAGGAAUGUUGGGCAUUUUGGUCCGAACUGGUAAAUACAGACCAGGAGACGAGAAUAAAGUCAACCCUGCACCUCACCUCACGUGUGACACUUUCCCAGACGCUGUUGAUCACAUCCUUCACAACUUACUCUAAUUCAGUGUUUUGCAACCUUUUUGGAGCCAAGGCACAUUUUUUGCCUUGA